GCAGUAAUCGCCCGUAUCUGCUGUUGAAUAGACUGUAAACAAAACGUCGAAUGAAUGUAAACACAAAUAACUAUAAUAAAAUAAGUACCUCACGGACGCUAGACUGCUAGAGGUAACUGAACGUGAAAAUAACACGCUCUUAUCAAAGAAAACUUGCGGUUUUUGAAAUAAACUGAGACCUUACAAAUACGACCCGUUGAGCCAGUUCGAAACCGAACCCGGCCAGAAUGUCGACAAGUGCCAGAUAUUUCCAGAAAAACGAUGUGGAAUUCGAAGAGGACCACUUCGGUCUUUUCACUGAUAAAACGACUGGUGAAACUAGUUCAGUAAGAAGGUUUACAUGGAGGAAUUCUAAUGGUGUUUGUGUCCAGGUAAUCACAUAUGGAGCCACUAUCACUUCUAUCAAAUUGCCUGGAAAAAAUGGAGAGAUAGAUGAUAUCGUGAUGGGAUUCAAAGACAUGGAAGGAUACCUGAACCGCCUGAACCCAUACUUUGGCGCCACAGUGGGCCGAGUAGCAAACCGAGUAGGCUACGCUAGAAUAACAAUCGACGAUAUCACCUACAAUGUAACCGCCAAUCUAGGCCAGCACCAGCUCCACGGGGGUUUGAAAGGGUUCGACAAAGUCAACUGGAACUACUACGUCAAAGAUACCAAAGUGGUCCUCAGUUACUUGAGUGUCGACUUGGAAGAAGGAUAUCCCGGAGACGUGUUGGUCAACGUUUCGUUCGAGUUGUCCAAUAGCAACGAGUUCCUGGUGGAUUUCAAGGCUACCACGACGAAGCCUACGUUUGUCAAUUUGACGAAUCAUUCCUACUUCAAUUUGGCUGGGCACAACAAAGGGGCAGAGGAGCUGUAUAAGCACGUUAUUGCUAUCAAUGCGGAUCAUACCACGGAUGUUGACGAAAACUCUAUACCCUCAGGUAAAAUACUUCCAGUUCGAGGAACAAUAUUCGACUUGCGAACACCGAAAGUCCUCGGUGACGUCAUCCACAAGAUCCCAGGCUACGACGGCUACGACCACAACUUCUGCGUGAACAAAGCGACCGACCAAGAGAUGACCUUCGUGGCCAGCGCUGUCCAUCCCCCCAGCGGUCGCGCUCUGGAGGUCUACAGCAACCAGCCAGGCGUCCAGUUUUACUGCUCCAACAGCAUCCCGGAAGAUCCCAAGAAAUACCGAGGGGAUCCAGCGAAGUUGGAACGCUUGGUCGGUAAAGAUGGGGCUUAUUAUAAGCACGGCGCGUUCUGUUUCGAGACCCAGAAUUGGCCAGAUGCAGUUAACCAUACGGACUUUCCACCGGCAGUUUUAUAUCCUGGGAAGGAAUACCACCAUAAGGUUGUCUACAAGUUCUUCGUCAACUGAAUAGCGCAAGUGGAACUAUACAGGAAAAUUCAAUAUUGUUAUAGACGUUUAUGGAACAUUGCUUUUUUUGAUCGACUUAUAACUAAUCAGUAUAUUAUAUCCUCGCUUGUAUUUUUGAGGAUGUAAUCGUAUUAUCGUAUUUAUUUUCGUAUACAUUCAUUGUUAGUUCCGAUUGGUUGAUACCUCGAUUCGAUGGAGAUAAAAAUGUGAAAUAGUCGUCUUCAUGAAAUACUUUUUGCAUGCGUUCAUCAUUAUAUGACUUGAAGUCACUUUCGUAAAAAUAAAAAAAAGCUGAUUUGUGUACAAAUUCAUAUUUCAUUUGUCUACUUCAUUGAAUGAUACCAUGAAAUUACAAAAUAAAACAAUAAAGUGCA